GAUCUGAUUUGCUCCAUUUAGAGAUGUCAGGCUGAGCUGCUGGAGAUGAUGGAGGAGAAGCAGAAAGCAGCAGAGAAACAGGAGGAAAAACUUAUUCAAGAGCUGCAGCAGGAACUCACUGAGCUCAAGAUGAGAAACACUGAGCUGGAUCAUCUCUUAAACACUGAUGAUCAGCUCCAGCUCCUACAGAUCGAUCCAUCCCUGUACAGUCCUCCACACACCAGGAACUGGCCUGAGAUCAGUAUGAAGACUGAUGUGAGUGUGGAGGCUCUGAGGAGAGCUCUGACUCAACUGCAGCUAGACCAGAAACUCAAUGAAUCUGUGUUGAGAGUGAUGCAGCAUUAUACAGUGGAUGUGACUCUGGAUCCUUAUACAGCUCAUCCAUAUCUCAUCCUAUCUGAUGAUGGGAAACAAGUGACACAUGGAGACAUCAAACAGAAGCUCCCAAACAACCCGGAGAGGUUUGAUUACUAUCCUGGUGUCCUGGGAAAAGAGGGAUUCUCCUCAGGGAGAUUUUAUUUCGAGGUUCAAGUGUAGGGAAAGACUGACUGGAAUUUAGGAGUGGCCAGAGAAUCUAUUAACAGGAAGGGACUGAUCACAAUGUGUCCUCAGAAUGGACUCUGGGCUGUGGCACUGAGGAAUGGGAAUGAAUAUUGGGCUUGUGCUGGUCCAUCUGUCUGUCUGUCUCUGAGAGUGAAGCCGCAGAACGUGGGGGUGUUUGUGGAUUAUGAGGAGGGUCUGGUCUCCUUCUCCUCUCAGAUCUGCUCUUUCACUGGUCAGUCUUUCACUGAGAAACUCUACCUAUAUUUUUGUCUAUUUAGUAAAGGGGAUAAAGAUCAAAACUCUCCACCCGUAAUCAUCUCACCUGUUAUCUAAACUUAAUGAACAUGGAGUUUUACAUUUCAUGAAGAAGCCAUUGUGUUGAUGAUAUUCUUGUGCCUAGAAAUUAUAAGGUUAUGUAUCACAUGAUUGUGUACUAUUGUUGUCCAUGCUGUCACACAAAG